AUGUCCACAACUCCCAUCUCCGAACAGCUCGCUAAGCUCUCCCCAACCUCUCGCGCAUCUAUAGAACGUCUGCUAGCACACGAGUGGCGGCCGCACGAUCUUUCUUCGUUUCCUCGGAAACGAUUAGCAGCGGUCUUGGUUCUUCUCUAUGAGGAGUCCGGGCAACUGCGGGUGCUUUUAACCACACGUUCUAAAGCUCUGCGAACUCAUGCCGGCCAAACGGCAUUCCCUGGUGGCAGAGCUGACGACACCGACGUCGACCUCGUUCAAACGGCGGAGAUCAAGUUUCGCGAAGCUCAUGAGGAAGUCGCGCUCCCACUCAGUUCACCUCAUAUCCAUGUUCUCGCAUCGACCGCCCCCUUCAUCUCUCUCCACAAACUUGUCGUUACUCCUGUCAUUGCGCUCUUGACAGAGCCAGCGUUGAUAACAACACUUACGGCGUCAGAAGAAGAGGUUGCCGCUAUUUUCAGUCAUCCGCUAGAAGCAAUACUGGACCCACAUCUUGCUGCGAAGGAGAAUCUCGUCGAGUCUGGUGGAGAGGAUUGGAUAUAUGACACGGAAUUCCACAACACCUCAGUCUCGACCGUACCUUUGCUCAACGAUGCGCUGUAUCGAAUGCAUCGUUUUCGGAGUAUCGCAUCGCCAAUCAAAGGCCUUACUGCGGACAUUUUGAUUCUUGUGGCGGAAGUCGCUUUUGGUCGUGCAACCAGUUACGAACGCUGGGCAGAGGGUCAACCGCGAGGAUUUGCGGCGUAUUGCGAAAUCUUGGGAUUCCCCGAGUCAGCUUCGUAG